AUGAAAAGGAGCGAGGAUCAAAAGAGGGGGAAAACCCGCCUGGCCAAGUGGUAUGCGCCUUAUAGCGAUGAAGAGAAGAUCAAAUUGAAGGGCGAGGUACAUCGCCUCAUAGCCCCUCGGGAUCAAAAGCACCAGUCCAACUUCGUCGAAUUUCGCUCUCUCAAGAUCGUCUAUCGCCGAUAUGCAGGCCUCUUCUUUUGUGUUUGCGUCGAUGCAAAUGACAAUGAGUUAGCGUACCUUGAAGCCAUACACUUCUUCGUGGAGGUGCUCGAUAGCUUCUUCGGGAAUGUAUGCGAGCUGGAUUUGGUUUUCAACUUCUACAAGGUGUACGCAAUACUUGAUGAGGUCUUUUUGGCUGGUGAGAUCGAAGAAACGAGCAAGCAGGUCGUCUUGACAAGACUGGAGCAUCUAGAUAAGCUGGAAUGA